AUUUUUAUUUCUAUAUAUGUGUGCGUAAACACCAUUUCAUAUUGGUGCUCCAAAGCUUCGGGCGUAGACCGAUUUCGUUGAAGCUUUUCAACUCUGGCGGAAAUAAUGACGUCAUGAAUGGCAAACGGGUGAUACAUCGAAAUGAUAUGGAAUUGUGUACAGUGGAAGUUUGAUUUUCCAAUGUGACUGAUUUUAACUAGAACAAAUACUAGUGUUUUGGUGUGGAUUAUAUUAACGAUUUUAUAGCUUUUAAAACCGUACGCUUUUCAUGAAGAAUUGAUUUAUUUGAAGCAUUAAAAAUGUCAGACCACUUUGGGCCAAUAACUUUGAAAUGGGAUCCCAAAAAUUUGGAGAUCAGAACUGUGUCUGUAGAGAAGACUCUGGAGCCCUUGGUUUUACAAGUAACUACCCUUGUAAAUACAAAGGGCCCUAGUAAAAAGAAGAAAGGAAAGUCCAAAAGGGCUAGCGCUUUAGUUGGGACAGUGGAAAAGGCAACUGCCAAUUUUAUUGAGAAGGGUGAACAAAUAGCUUAUGAGAAUCCUGACAUUACUGCGGAGAUGUUAAGUGCUGUGGAGGAAGUUAGAAAAACAGGAGCUGCAAUGAGUAUUGCUGCAAGAGAAUUUUCUGAAGAUCCUUGUUCUUCCCUGAAAAGGGGUAACAUGGUACGCGCAGCAAGAAAUUUACUUUCUGCAGUAACACGUCUGCUGAUCUUAGCAGAUAUGGUCGAUGUCCACUUGUUGCUGAAAUCGCUCCAUGUGGUCGAAGACGAUUUAAAAAAAUUAAAGAACGCAUCCUCUCAGGGAGAGUUGUUGGACAAUAUUAAACAGUUCGGUAGAAAUGCAUCGGAGCUUAUGAACCAAGCUGCAAAACGUCAGCAAGAGUUGAAGGAUCCUCAAUUGAGAGAUGACUUAGCUGCGGCAAGAGCUGUUCUUAAGAAACAUUCGACCAUGCUACUUACUGCUUCUAAGGUCUACGUUAGACAUCCCGAGUUGGCCGCUGCAAAAGCGAAUCGCGAUUACGUUUUGAAACAAGUAUGCGAAGCAGUAAAUACUAUCAAUGAUGUGGCACAAGGAAAGACUCCGGUCGAUAGCCAACACCCGUACGAAGGACCCGGAGAAUUGGCUGCGGCAUUAGAUGAUUUCGAUGAGAGAAUGGUGAUGUCUCCGCUCGCGUACAACGAAGUGCGUACGAGACCCAGUCUCGAGGAGAGAUUGGAAAGUAUCAUCAGCGGUGCCGCGCUGAUGGCGGACUCUUCAUGCACACGGGAUGAACGCAGAGAACGGAUCGUCGCGGAAUGCAAUGCGGUUAGACAAGCGCUUCAAGAUUUAUUGAGCGAAUACAUGAACAACUUACAGCUUGCUCGGGGUGGGAAACGGAUGGGCGUGAAAGAACAAUCGGAAGGUUUGGAAAGAGCGAUCGAUCAUAUGUGCAGGAAGACUCGCGAUCUUCGUAGACAAUUGCGAAAGGCCGUAGUAGAUCACGUAUCUGAUAGCUUCUUAGAGACAAGCGUACCCUUACUAGUUCUCAUCGAAGCUGCGAGAAACGGCCGUGAUAAAGAAGUAGAGGAGUACGCGCUUGUUUUCACAGAGCAUGCCAACAAGCUUGUCGAGGUUGCCAAUUUAGUGUGUAGUAUGUCAGGAAACGAAGACGGUGUAAAAAUGGUUCGUUAUGCGGCAGCUCAAAUCGGGAACUUGUGUCCCCAAGUGAUUAACGCAGCUCGCGUUCUAGCCGCUCGUAAUCGCUCGAAAGUAGCUCAAGACAACAUGGAAGUGUUCCGACAAGCGUGGGAGAAUCAAGUGAGAGUAUUGACCGAGGCCGUCGAUGAUAUUACCACCAUCGACGAUUUCUUAGCCGUGUCCGAAAAUCAUAUUUUAGAAGAUGUGAAUAAAUGUGUGUUAGCUUUGCAAGAAGGCGAUGCAGAUACUUUAGAUAGAACCGCGGGCGCGAUCCGCGGACGAUCUGCCAGGGUAUGUAACGUUGUCCAAGCGGAAAUGGAUAAUUACGAACCUUGUAUCUAUACGAAACGGGUUUUGGAAGCUGUGAAAGUUUUGAGAGAACAAGUGAUGCCGAAGUUCGCGCAGAGAGUCGAAGUAGCGGUCGACGCUUUGGGCAGCAACCCCGCUAAAGAUGUGGACGAGAACGAUUUUAUAGAUGCCUCGAGACUGGUUUAUGACGGAGUCCGAGAGAUCAGACGAGCUGUAUUGAUGAACAGAGCUGACGAGGACUUGGAUCCAGAAGACGUUGAACUCGACGAGCAUUAUACAUUGGAGACUCGUAGCAAAUCGAGUGCUCAGACUGGUGAACAUGGCGUUGACGAAUAUCCAGAGAUCAGCGGUAUCACUACGGCACGCGAAGCUAUGCGUAAGAUGCCGGAGGAAGACAAGCAGAAGAUUUUGCAGCAAGUAGAGUACUUCAAGAGCGAGAAACUGAAGUUCGAUAAAGAAGUUGCCAAAUGGGACGACGCAGGGAACGAUAUUAUUGUUCUCGCGAAGCACAUGUGCAUGAUCAUGAUGGAAAUGACAGACUUUACCAGAGGCCGUGGGCCUUUGAAAACGACCAUGGACGUUAUCAACGCCGCGAAGAAAAUAUCUGAGGCUGGAACCAAGCUAGAUAAAUUGACGAGGCAAAUAGCCGAUCAGUGUCCAGAGAGUUCUACUAAGAAGGAUCUUCUCGCAUACCUACAACGUAUAGCGUUGUAUUGCCAUCAAAUGAACAUCACGAGCAAAGUUAAAGCGGAUGUACAAAAUAUUAGUGGAGAAUUGAUCGUAUCUGGGCUUGACAGUGCAACUUCCCUCAUACAGGCAGCUAAGAACUUAAUGAACGCAGUCGUUUUGACUGUUAAAGCUUCGUACGUUGCAUCAACGAAAUACCCUAGACAGUCUACAGUUACCCAUUCUCCUAUCGUUGUAUGGAAAAUGAAAGCACCGGAGAAGAAACCGUUGGUACGUCCUGAGAGACCGGAAGAAGUCAGGGCAAAAGUACGUAAAGGUUCACAGAAGAAAGUGCAGAAUCCGAUACAUGCACUUUCCGAGUUUCAGAGUCCUACAGAAAGCGUUUAAAGAAUUGCGUGUAAGUAAUUUAAUUGAAAUGGAAUCUAGUAUAUAGCAUCACCUUUAAAAAAAUCGUACGAGCAAGAUGUUUUAUUUUCUGUUGAAGAUAUAAUUCGUUUAUAUUAUUAAUUUAUUGUAUACCAUGAAAUAUAAUAUAAAAGUAUCACUCUUUCUGCAAAACCUGUAUCAGACUGCCAAAGGAAUAGAACUAAAUGUCUUAUAGUAAAUGCUAUUACAUAUUUUAAAUAUUAAAUGAUGCACAAUUAUGUGAUAGUGGAUUAUCUAUAAUGCUUCCUGAUGACGAAGCAAGCGGAGAAGAAAUAAUUUUAAAAGAGGAACAUUUAUAAAACUACGUGAAAAUAAAAUAUCUUGCAUUAAGAAGUGUUAAACAUCGUUUCAUAAAUGUUCGAAGAAAAAACAAGUACAGUAUAUGAUGGUGUCAAUUUUCGGAAAACGUUUACUUAGAUCUCAAAGAUUUACUUCCUUUUCUAAAAUCAAUGUGGACUUUAGAUUUUGAUUAAUAUGGUGUCAACAAAUUUUUAUAGUACGUAAGAGUGAUCUACAAUCAUUUAAUAAUUCCUAAUUAUUAGAGAAUACAUGUAAGUGAAUGAUCCUUUGCUUGCGCUAUGUGUUUACAAUUUUAUAUUAUUCCUAAAUAUUAACAAUUGGAUAUAUUUUCAUGCAGAUGUAAUUUACAAUUGAAACACCCGAUUUAAUCAUUUUACGAUCAACAUACAUUCUUACACAUAUCCAAAAGAAGAUGUCUAACAAUAUAAAAGCAUAUAAGGCUGUUAUUUUAAGUAAUGUUAACGAUCAUCUCAGGCCUUGAAUUUUUGCUAAUGUGUUACACAGAUGUCAGUUUCUUGAUAUAAUCAAUUUUUUGACAAUAAUAUUACUAAAUACUUUGUUAUGCUUUUACAAGAAAUCAAUUAAGAUGCAACUAUUAAUGUUAAUUAAUAUUCUACCAAGUAAUAACUACAUCAAUAAUUCUAAACAAUUAACAGUACAUACAUUUCUUGGUGUUCGGUAAAUGAAGUUUUGCUUUACUUAAACGUCUUUUUAUACUCUAGUUACAUGCAUUUGACGACGGACAUUCAUUUAACGGGACUGAAGCUAAUUUGUAUUUAAUUAAAGACAUUAGGUUUCCUUAUUCAAGAUUAUAAUCAUGGUUCGAAAGGAACGUAUUACUGUAUGUCAACAGACUUGCAAAAAGCAAUAAAAAUAAGACAGUAUUGUAUUGGAGUAAAGAGACUGCAGAUCAAAGUAUUUAAUGACUGUAUAUAAGUAAAUAUGAUUACACAUUUUUAAACAGAUCUUCUUUAUGAUGAUUUUAUAUUACCUAUAGCAUGUAAGGGAUAAGUGUAAAAAAACUGAUACCAAUUUCAUACUUCACCUAAUAGUUGAAGUACUAUAAAGAACAUUUUUAUAGCCGCUAUCUAUAUAAUUGAUUUACAAUUUUGUUUUCAACAGCGUUCGUAUAUUAUUAAUCAUAAGUGCAAGUAUUCACUGUAUUACAUAUUGAAACUUGAUUUUACAAUAUAAAAAACAGUUAUUUAGGCUUACUGACCAAUUGAAAUUGAGUAAUAAAUAAUUUAUAAAUUCCUGAUAGUAUGUAACAGGAGCAGCCGAAUUGAUUAGAACAAUAGCAUGUAUAUGUGGCAAGUACGUAAUAAUAAUAAGUAUUGUUUCAUUUAUAUCACUAUAGUUGCUAUAGUCGAUGUUGCAUUGAAAUGUAGUAAAGUGUUUGCAGGAAGUGUGGAAUAAAAAAAGGGUCUCGUAGACUUUAACGCGAUAUGUAUUGGUAUCAAUUUUUUACUGUUGCGAAACAGAUACUAAUUUAUAGAGAUAACUGUAAGAUUAAAUUGUAGUUACUGAUGUGCUGCCAAAUACAAGGUGAUGCUUUCAACCAACAUCCUUUUUAUAAAUUUUUGUGUACCACAUUCAGGAAUAAAUUGUUUAUUGUAUAGAAA